AUGGAGCACUUUGUCCCCAUUUCGUAUGAUUUGUACCCAGGGUACGGUAACCUGAUGCCUUUGCCCCAACCUGGAUUUCCUAAAUCCACACAGCCCAACUGGAGGCAAAACAUGGGUCACCCUACUUUCCUGGCCAGGACAGGGCUUUUGGUACCUACAAAUAUCUCUGAGUACUGCAUGGACCCUUACAAGAGGGUACAGUUUAAGGCUGUUCUCUCUCAGAUGAACCCCAACCUAAACCUGCUGCUGUUCAAAGCCACCACCAAGGAGAUGGGUGUACAGGUGAGUCCUCCAGUGGACAAAGCCAUUCAGUGCUCAAUGGGGCCUCGCACUUUGCACAGCCUUUUCUCCUGGAGUAGCUGGGGUCAGAAGAUACCCCAGUCAGCAAGGGGAAUCUAUUCCCAAGCCAUCUGCCACAAGGGCUUAUUCAAGCUGCAGAAGGAUGGGGAUGACAAGGAGAAGGCACUUUUGGGUACUGAGGAAACCAAGCAGCAGCCGUCAAUGCCAAGGGUGGAAGAGGACAAGCAGGAGCAACUUUGGCAUCAGGAUGAAUUGGAACAGGAAGAUGUCAAAGGGUCCCUAGAAAGAAAAAGCAAACAGGCACCAGGAGAUGCCACCCAGCAUCUCAGGAAACCCAAGGUCCAGUUUUUGGAACCAAAAUAUGGCUAUUUUCACUGUAAAGACUGUAAGAUCAGAUGGGAGAGUGCUUAUGUGUGGUGUAUAUCUGGAACCAAUAAGGUGUAUUUCAAACAACACUGUUGCAAAUGCCAAAAGAGUUUUAACCCUUAUCGAGUAGAAGCAAUCCAAUGUCAGAUCUGUUCCAAGUCUCGUUGUUCCUGUCCACAAAAGAAAAGACACAUUGAUCUAAGAAGACCUCAUCGACAAGAACUGUGUCGAUGCAAAGACAAGAGAUUCUCCUGUGGCAAUAUCUUUGCUUUCAAGAAUAUUAAAAUUAUAGCAAAUACUUAA